AGCUGCCACAGAUUCCAACAGUGACUACAGCUGAAACUCUUAACACCAAGUGCAAAGACCUCACCAUAAUGUCAGAUGGGUAUGUGUGGUUUGAAGGAAUCCCUUUUCCUGUUGUGGAUUUCACACCUGAACACAUGAGAGAAGUGCAGGAGAAUUUUGUGUUUAAGGAUGAAGAUGUCUUAAUAUUGUCUUUCCCCAAAUCAGGAACAAACUGGUUGAUUGAAAUUCUCUCCCUGAUUUACUCCAAGGGGGAUCCCAAGUGGAUCCAAUCUGUCCCCAUCUGGGAACGCUCACCCUGGUUGGAGACUAUGUAUGGAUAUAAAACCCUAAAGGAUAAGGAAGGGCCACGCUUCAUGACCUCUCAUGUCCCCAUCCACCUCUUCCCCAAGUCUCUCUUCAAGUCCAAGGCCAAGGUGAUUUAUAUCAUCAGAAACCCUAGAGAUAUUCUUGUGUCUGGCUAUUUUUUCUGGAUUACUUCCAAUUUUGUUAAGAAACCAGAAUCACUGGAACAAUAUUUUGAAUGGUUCAUCCAAGGAAAAGUGGUAUUCGGAUCAUGGUUUGACCAUGUUCGUGGCUGGAUAUCCAUGCAAGGGAAGGAGAACUUCCUGAUACUGAGCUACGAAGAGCUAAAACGGGAUACAAGAAGUGCUGUACAGAAGCUCUGUCAGUUCCUGGGCAAGAAAUUAGAGCCGGAAGAACUGAACUCAGUCCUCCAGAACAGCUCCUUCCAGGCCAUGAAAGAAAACAAGAUGUCCAAUUAUAGCAUGCUGCGUGGUUGGCUUUUAGAUCAGAAGAAUGGAUCAUUUAUGAGAAAAGGCAUUUCUGGGGACUGGAAAAAUUACUUCACGGUGGCCCAAGCCGAAGUCUUUGAUAAAAUAUUUCAGGAGAAGACGGCAGAUCUUCCUCGAGAGCUGUUCCCAUGGGAAGAAUGGUCAAACACUUCUAGGUCUCAGAGAUAAAUAUUUGUCCUCCUGUCCUUGUUUAUGUAAAUCAUGGGUGGUAAUUGUAUAAAACCUGUUAUUUCAUGUUGGAGCCUUGAAUGAUCAAAUCUUUGCAUCUUUGAUGACUUGAUUGUUGAAAAUUACCAGGGUAACUCUAAUUCACUUCAUGGCAUCCCAACUUUUAAAAAAUAUUUGUAAUGUUUCGUAUGUACAGAAUGAUACAGAAAUAAGUAUGAUCCAAAGCUAUGUCAAAUUUCUUUUUUACAGAAAUGAGAAAUAAAAGUACAAAAGCA